GAGCUCCGAGUGGGGUCCGUUUUAUCCGCACAGACGUGGUAAACGGUAUCGUAGUGAAGGACAGUGAAGUCAAUCGUCUUUUUCUUAAUAGAAGGUUUGGGCCUGAAAGUAAAGUUUAAGAAUGCCUCGUGUAUACGUAGGCAGGCUGAGUUAUCAUGUCCGCGAAAAGGACAUCCAGAGGUUCUUCAGCGGCUACGGAAAGCUGUUGGAGAUUGAUUUGAAAAACGGGUACGGUUUCGUGGAGUUUGAGGACACCCGUGAUGCUGAUGAUGCCGUGUACGAACUGAACGGAAAGGAGCUGUGUGGCGAGCGCGUGGUUGUUGAGCAUGCCAGGGGCCCCCGUCGGGACCGGGACGGAUAUGGUGGGGGUCAUUGGGGUUCUGGGCGCAGUAGUAGUGGUUACAGCAGCAGGAGCCGCUCCGGCAGAGACAAAUACGGACCGCCCGUUCGCACAGAGUACCGGCUCAUCGUGGAGAAUUUGUCCAGUCGAUGCAGCUGGCAGGACCUAAAGGACUUUAUGCGGCAGGCCGGUGAGGUGACCUAUGCCGACGCCCACAAGGAACGAACGAACGAAGGCGUGAUCGAGUUCCGUUCCUACUCGGAUAUGAAGAGAGCCCUGGACAAGCUGGACGGCACCGACAUCAACGGGAGGAAAAUCCGUCUGGUGGAGGAUAAACCCAAACGACGCCGCUCGUACUCUGGCAGCCGGUCCAGGUCCCGAAGCAGACGCCGCUCUCGCAGCAGAAGCCGUAGGAGCAGGAGCUCACGAAGCCGCUCAAGGUCUCGCUCUCGCUCUCGAUCCCACAGCAAGCGCCGCUCCCACUCCAGAUCCAAGAGAAAGUCCCACUCAAAGUCUCCGGCUAAAUCCCGUUCCAAGAAGUCCCGCUCUCGUUCCCGCUCCCGCAAGUCCCGCAGCCGUUCUGCGAGCCGCAAGUCACGUUCCAAGAGCCACUCAAAGCCCCGAUCCGAGCGCGGCUCCCGCAGCCGCUCCAAGGAGAAGUCGGUGAGCAAGAAAUCGCGCAGCCGCUCGGCCUCGCCCAUGGAGAAUGGAGACAAGAAAUCUGUCUCGCGUUCUCCUUCUCCGCAUGAGGAUCGCCGCCGUUCCAAAUCGCCCACAAAACGGUCGCCAUCUCGCUCUCCUUCUCGGUCCAAAUCCCGCUCACGCUCCCGAUCUGCCUCGCAGGACUGAGUCUCAGAGACGUGUGCUGUUUUUGUAGCUCUGAAAGUCAGCUCUUGAUACAAAAGUGCAUUACGUUUAGAUCGUAUACAUUUGUGACAUUGCAUGAGAACUUAAGGGCUGAAUUGUAAAUAUCAAAUGGGUACCCAAUUUGUAAAUGGAUCUUCAGUGGCUCCUCCCUCCAGAUUUUUUUUUUUUUUUUUUUUUUUUUUCCCCCCCUUUUCAAAACAUUGCCUGUACUGCAUCUAUUCCAUCAGCUGUCAUAUUGACUGGAGAAACCUUUCUUACACCCAAAUGAUGAAUAAACAAAGGCUUGUAUUGCAUAUUGGCUAAAGUGUGUAAGAUUUUGGGACUUGAGCAGAUUUUUACCUACCUGCUUACAUGUGUGUGUGUGUUGAGUAUUGUGAAAUGGUUUAGCCUUAGUGGUUUGUGAUUUGCUACACACACACUGCUGUACAGAAAUUGAACUUUUCUUUUUCUUAUCUGUGUUGGUUUUUGUUUUGUGUGUGUGAAAUCUGAUUGUAGGAGUCCCCCACUGUGUUUUCAGUUAAAGUGGUGUCUUGGGUAUUCUGCAAUAUUUUAGUUAAAUAAACUUGAUUUGAUUUA